UUCUCCAACGCCCAACUGAAGCCUGGGAACUUAGACCAUCUGGUAGAAAAGUAGGAUUUGGAGCCGCUGUGAGCGCUUGGCCAGGGAAAAAAUGAAGGGAGACAUCAGACAGCUCAACGGAGAGGAGGAGGCCAGCAGGAGGGAGGACUCUAUGGUCACCAACGGGGCCUGCAGUGACCAAUCCUCCUACUCCAAAGAUGCUCCCUCACCCCCCAUCCUGGAGGCCAUCGGCACCCCGGAGAGCAGAGGCCGCAGAUCAAGCUCGCGGCUAUCCAAGAGGGAAGUCUCCAGCCUGCUACGGUAUACUCAGGAUCUGACAGGUGACGGGGAUGAAGAAGAUGAGGACGGUGCCGACACACCAGUAAUGCCAAAACUCUUCCGGGAAACCAGAACUCGCUCCGAAAGCCCCGCGGUACGAACUCGAAAUAGCAACAAUGCUCCCAGACAGGAGAGGCAAAGGGCCUCUCUGCGCUCCAGCCGAGGCCGACAGGGCAGACAUCACGUGGACGAGUCCCCAGUGGAGUUCCUGAAUACCAGGUCCCUGAGACGCCGCGCAGCAUCAGCAGGCACACCCUGGGCUUCACCUGGCAGCCCCUACCUCACCAUCGACCUCACCGAUGACGAAGUGACUCCCCAGAGAAGCAGCACCCCAUGCAGCGUGGUCCAGGACAGCCAGCUGGAGAACUUGGAUGCCUCCCAAGUGGAUGCAGAGGGGAGGGAAACGGACAGCCCGGAGUAUCAGGAUGGGAAGGAAUUUGGAAUAGGGGACCUCGUGUGGGGAAAGAUCAAGGGCUUCUCCUGGUGGCCUGCCAUGGUUGUCUCCUGGAGGGUUACCUCCAAGCGCCAGGCUAUCGCUGGCAUGCGCUGGGUGCAGUGGUUUGGCGAUGGCAAAUUCUCAGAGGUCUCUGCAGACAAGCUGGUGGCCCUGGGGCUAUUCAGCCAGCACUUUAACCUGCCCACCUUCAAUAAGCUGGUCUCAUACAGGAAGGCCAUGCACCAAGCCUUGGAGAAAGCCCGGGUUCGAGCUGGCAAGACCUUCCCCGGAGUCCCUGGAGAUUCCUUGGAGGACCGGCUGAAGCCCAUGCUGGAGUGGGCCCAUGGGGGCUUCAAGCCCACUGGCGUGGAGGGCCUCAAACCCAACAGCAAGCAACCAGUCGUUAAUAAGCCGAAGGUGCGUCGCGCAGGCAAAGGAAAUUUAGAAUCAAGGAAACACGAGAACAAGGUUCGGCGACGCACAGGGGACGACUCCACCCCCUCAGACCAUGGCCCGCCACCCAAGCGGCUAAAAACCAACUGCUACAAUAAUGGCAAAGAUCGAGGAGAGGAAGAUCAGAGUCGAGAGCAGAUGGUUUCAGAUGUUGCAAACAACAAGAGCAGCCUAGAGGAUAGCUGCCUGUCAUGUGGAAGGAAAAGCACAGCCUCCUCCCACCCUCUUUUUGAGGGCGGGCUCUGCCAGAUAUGUCGGGAUCGGUUCCUGGAGCUGUUCUACAUGUACGACGACGACGGCUACCAGUCCUACUGCACCGUGUGCUGCGAGGGCCGCGAGCUGCUUCUCUGCAGCAACACCAGCUGCAGCCGGUGCUUCUGCGUGGAGUGCCUGGAGGUGCUGGUGGGCGUCGGCACGGCCGAGGAAGCCAAGCUGCAGGAGCCCUGGAGCUGCUACAUGUGCCUGCCGCAGCGCUGCCAUGGCGUUCUGUGGCGCAGGAAGGACUGGAACGUGCGCCUGCAGGCCUUCUUCACAAGCGACAUGGGCCGCGAAUACGAAGCCCCCAAGGUGUUUCCUGCAAUUCCCGCAGCAAGAAGGCAGCCCAUUCGAGUCCUGUCUUUGUUUGAUGGAAUUGCAACGGGGUACCUGGUCCUCAAGGAUUUGGGCAUCAAAAUAGAGAAGUACGUAGCUUCAGAAGUGUGUGAAGAGUCCAUUGCUGUUGGAACCGUUAAGCAUGAAGGGAAUAUCAAAUACGUGAAUGAUGUCAGGAACAUUACAAAGAGAAAUAUUGAGGAAUGGGGCCCUUUUGACUUGGUGAUUGGUGGUAGCCCAUGCAACGAUCUCUCAAAUGUGAACCCUGCCCGAAAAGGCUUAUACGAGGGCACGGGCCGGCUCUUCUUUGAGUUCUACCACUUGCUGAAUUAUGCUCGGCCCAAGGAGGGGGAUGAUCGACCCUUCUUCUGGAUGUUUGAGAAUGUUGUGGCCAUGAAGGUUGGGGACAAGAGAGACAUCUCGAGAUUCCUAGAGUGUAACCCCGUGAUGAUCGACGCCAUCAAAGUGUCAGCUGCUCACAGGGCCCGCUACUUCUGGGGCAACCUACCCGGGAUGAACAGGCCUGUGAUAGCAUCAAAGAACGAUAAACUCGAGCUGCAGGACUGCUUGGAGUUCAAUAGGACCGCAAAGUUAAAGAAAGUACAGACAAUAACCACCAAGUCGAACUCGAUCAGACAGGGGAAAAACCAACUUUUCCCUGUUGUCAUGAAUGGCAAAGAAGAUGUUUUGUGGUGCACUGAGCUAGAAAGGAUCUUCGGCUUCCCCGUACACUACACAGACGUGUCCAACAUGGGCCGGGGCGCCCGCCAGAAGCUGCUCGGGAGGUCCUGGAGCGUGCCUGUUAUCAGACAUCUCUUCGCCCCCCUCAAGGACUACUUUGCUUGUGACUAGCCCUACCCCAGUCCUGCUGUCGGGGUGGGGCCACUGAGGAGGAGACAGGGCCAGGAACUCAGAGUGGGGCUUCCCCAGCCCCAGUGCAGCUGGGGUCACCCAGCUUGUACCUGUUUACUCUUCUCAUUGGGGGCACGCAGCACCUUCCUCUCCAGCAAGGGGGGGGGCCCUUUCCAAGGCCUCUGUUGCCACCUGCGUGAGGUGCUACCACCUUGUCCACAGAUCAGUCCUGGCUGCCUUGAACAGCCAGACAUGGUGCUCAUUUUUUUCCCCUAUCUGUAUCUUUAAAACUUGAAAUAGGUAGUAAGAUUACCUUUAAAAAAAAAUUUCCCUCCUGGUUUUACCACUCAGAGAAACAAUGGGUAAGGUCCCAAAAUCAUGUUUCUGACAGCUCCCCAAGACUCAGGUUUAUGCACAAGUUCACCAAGGAAUUCAAAGACUGUGUGUCAAUAUGUGUAGCUACAGGACACUUACGGGGGCCAGGAUGGUGUUUCCCUGUCUAGGGCCAGCAGCAGAAGCAGUGACAGGUAUGUAUAUAGCAGGCACAGACAGUCCCCUUGACUCAGCACACGGGGCCCUGGUCUCCUAGUGCUCAGUGGUGAUGGUUUCAGCAGGUAUGAUGUCAUCAUCACAUUCAGGACUCCCCCACCCCACCCUUAACUAAACUCCUCCCAACGAUUGUAAUGGAACCCAUUGGGGCUGCUCAGGAAGGCAUGGGGGCUGUGUCACAAUCUGCCAUACCAGGGCAUGUGAGAUGAAAGAUGGAGGCAUCCCCCCCCACCCCUUUCAAAAAGAACACCCCUCUCCGACGCAGGCACAGGUCCUUGAUUGUGUGAUACCCCUAGACCUCACCCUCUUUCUAAACCCAGAAGUUGGGGCAGAAAGCACACUUGCCCUUUCCUCUCGCUUUACCCUCUUAGCAGAGAAGGCCCAGGGUGGGAGGAGGGAUUGCAAUAAAACCUGGUGCCUCCCUGCAGAGAUUUUAAAACUCCCUUUUUUAUGCCCUGAGAAGUCUUUUUUUUUUAAUGGGAAGAGCAAGCUGCAUUUCAGAAAUGCUGCUGGAAUGGCUUUUAAUAACUUUUUAAUUCUUACUGGUGCUAUUUUAUAGACUUGCAAAACAGCAUUGACACGUUUUGCGGGGUUUUUUACACUUUAAAAAGAGAAAUAUCAAGAUUUUUAUUUUUAUGUUUAGCAUUUUCAUUGAAACCUUUUCUUUUCUUGGCGGUAAAGAGACGGGACAAGGAUGAGGGGAGAACUGUGCCUUGUCCCAAACAGUUUUCCAAAAAUUUUAGGCAGCAAGAUGAUGGAUGCCAAGAGUUUAAUUAUGUUUAAUUAAAACCAGUAUUUCUCUAACUGUA